AUGGCUGAACAAGACAAAGAGAAUGAGAUUUCCGAAGCGAGCUCACCUCACGAGCACGAGCAACGCAUCUCUUGCGGCAGCUCCGAAGCACUAGCUGAAGAUGACCGAGCUAUCUUCGCGCACAUGAGCCGCGAAGAGCGUGAGGAACUGAGUCGGAUCGCCUCCAACUUUCCCCGUCAUCGAGCCACCGAGUCCGAUCUGAGUGGAAUGACCGAUGUGGAACGGAAGGAUACACUAGAGGGCUUGGAGCUGGGCGACCCUGUCCUCGAUCCGACCAGCGGCCAGUUCGAUCAUUACAAAUGGGCUCGUAUGAUGCUGAAGAUGAUGGAUAGAGAGGGAGUGCCUCUACGCAAAUCGACUGGCGUGGUGUUUGAGAACCUCAAUAUCUCUGGAUCUGGAUCUGCGCUUCAGUACCAGAAUAACGUGGGAUCGGUUCCCUUGGCCCCGUUUCGUCCACAGGAAUACCUUUCCUGCAUAAACAAGACACCACAAAAGCAGAUUCUGCGGAACUUUGAUGGUGUGCUCAAAAGUGGUGAAUUGCUUAUUGUCCUGGGGCGUCCCGGGAGUGGCUGUUCGACCUUUCUCAAGUCAAUCACUGGAGAACUCCAUGGACUGAAAGUUGAGAAGGGCUCCGAUGUCCAGUUCAACGGGAUUGCUAUGGAGAGAAUGUACAAGGAGUUCAAGGGUGAAGUCUUGUAUAACCAGGAGGUUGACAAGCAUUUCCCCCAUCUUACUGUUGGAGAGACACUUGAAUUUGCUGCCGCAGCUCGGACUCCAGAGAACCGGCUUUGUGGGAUAUCUCGGACGGAGUAUGCCAAGAAGAUUACGCAAGUUGCCAUGACUGUGCUUGGGUUGAGCCAUACAUACAACACUAAAGUCGGCGAUGACUACAUCCGAGGUGUUUCGGGUGGUGAACGAAAGCGAGUUAGUAUCGCUGAGAUGGCUUUAUCUGGAGCUCCUGUGGGGGCAUGGGACAACAGUACCCGAGGUCUGGACUCUGCAAGUGCCCUGGAAUUUGUCAAAGCUCUACGAGUCUCUGCCAAUCUCACCGGUAGCUGUCACUCUGUUGCUAUCUAUCAGGCAUCCCAAGCCAUUUAUGACGUCUUCAACAAGGUGAUCGUCUUGUAUGAAGGACGACAGAUCUUCUUUGGGCGCUGCAGCGAAGCCAGACAGUACUUCAUCGAUAUGGGUUGGGAAUGCCCACCUCGCCAAACGACUGGUGACUUCCUCACUUCGAUUACUAACCCAUCCGAAAGAAAGGUUCGGGAAGGAGUACAGAAUGUUCCUCGGACACCGGAUGACUUCGAGAAGUACUGGAAGAACAGCUUUCAUUAUACGGCGCUCCAGAAAGAGAUCUCCCAGUAUCGUGAGCAUUAUCCAUUAGGGGGAGAAGCUGGAAAAGACUUUGAUGAGACGAAACGGCAACGGCAGGCCAAGCAUGUGCGCCCAAAGAGUCCUUAUAUCAUCACUAUUCCGAUGCAGGUUCGCCUUUGUGUGAAACGCGCUUAUCAACGUAUCUGGAACGACAAGCCAUCUACACUGACAACUGUCAUCGGCCGAAUCGUCAUGUCACUGAUCAUCGGUUCAAUCUAUUUCGGGACCCCGAAUGCAUCUGCUGGGUUCCAGAGCAAAGGUGCAGCGAUGUUCUUCUCUGUCUUGCUGAAUGCUCUUAUCAGCAUCACGGAGAUCAACUCACUUUACGACCAACGACCUGUUAUUGAGAAACAAGCCUCCUACGCCUUCGUUCAUCCGUUUGCUGAGGCACUAGGAAGCAUUGUCGCCGACGUACCAGUCAAAUUUGUAUCAGCGACGAUAUUUAACGUCAUCUUCUAUUUCUUGGCUAGUCUGCGUUAUGAGCCCUCUCAAUUUUUCAUAUUCUUCCUCUUCACCUUCCUCAGCACCCUCACCAUGUCAGGGGUCUUCAGGACACUGGCUGCAUCUACGAAGACUCUUGCACAGGCCAUGUCGAUGGCAGGCGUUAUCGUACUUGCAAUCGUCAUCUACACGGGUUUCGUAAUCACAGCACCCCAGAUGGCUAAGAUUCCAUGGUUCAGCUGGAUUCGCUGGAUUAACCCAAUCUUCUACACAUUCGAAGCAAUAGUUGCCAAUGAAUUCCACGGCCGUGAAUUCGAAUGUUCUUCCUUUGUGCCCGCAUAUCCGACUUUGUCAGGCGACUCUUUCAUUUGCUCUGUCAGAGGUGCCGUUGCAGGAGAAAGAACCGUAUCUGGAGAUUCCUACAUCGAAACCCAAUACAACUACUCUUACGCGCACGAGUGGAGAAACCUCGGGAUUCUAAUUGGGUUCUGGAUAUUCUUCACCUCUCUUUAUCUCAUUGCAUCGGAGUUGAAUUCUUCUACAUCUUCUACGGCUGAGUACCUUGUCUUCCGGAGAGGUCAUGUUCCCGCUCAUCUGCGUCAUCUGGAAAAAGGAGGUGGUAGCACCGCUGAAGUGACACCAAUCUCUAAAGACUCCAAGGAGCAUAAAGAGGACGAAACUUCUGUCAUCCCGACUCAGCAUGACGUCUUUACCUGGCGGAAUGUCUGCUAUGACAUCCCCGUCAAGGGCGGCCAACGGCGUCUUCUGGAUAAUGUAUCUGGAUGGGUCAAGCCAGGCACCCUUACAGCUUUGAUGGGUGUUUCUGGAGCUGGUAAGACAACUUUACUGGACGUUCUAGCAAAGCGCGUCUCUAUAGGUGUCGUAACUGGUGAUAUGCUAGUGAAUGGCAAACCACUGGAUAACAGUUUCCAAAGAAAGACAGGUUAUGUUCAGCAGCAGGAUCUACAUCUUCCUACCACUACUGUCCGAGAAGCUUUACGGUUCAGUGCAAUGCUGCGUCAGCCUAGUACUGUGUCCAAGAAAGAAAAAUACGAGUAUGUUGAGGAUGUGAUAGAGAUGCUUGGCAUGGGAGACUUUUCGGAUGCCGUUGUGGGCGCUCCGGGUGAAGGCCUAAACGUGGAACAAAGAAAGCUGUUAACAAUCGGCGUCGAAUUGGCUGCCAAGCCCGCGCUUCUUAUCUUCCUGGAUGAGCCAACAAGUGGAUUGGACUCGCAGAGUUCGUGGGCUAUCUGCUCCUUUUUGAGAAAGUUGGCCGAGCAUGGUCAAGCUGUCCUUAGUACCAUUCACCAGCCGAGCGCGUUGCUCUUCCAGGAAUUCGACCGUCUUCUAUUCCUUGCUAAGGGAGGUAGAACAGUUUACUUUGGCGAUAUCGGUGACCAGUCACGAACUCUGUUGGAUUAUUUUGAAAGCCACGGAGCUCGGAUUUGUGGCUCUGCCGAGAAUCCUGCAGAGUAUAUGCUCGAAAUCAUUGGUGCUGGAGCCUCUGGAAAAGCCACACAGGACUGGGGAGUCGUGUGGAACGAAAGCCAAGAAGCCAAGAACGUGCAAUCCGAACUGAAUCGAAUCCACGAAGAGCGAGCUUCGGCAACCAGCAACGAUGGAGAAACCCACCAAGGCGAGUAUGCUAUGCCUCUAAGUAAGCAGCUCCUCUACGUGACCCACCGCUCUUUCCAAUCAUUUUGGCGCGAGCCAUCCUACGUGUGGGCGAAGAUCCUGCUAGCAACCUUGUCAUCCUUGUUCAUCGGCUUUACCUUCUUCAAGUCAGAUAGCUCUCUACAAGGCUUUCAAGAUGCGAUCUUCUCGGCUUUCAUGGUGUGCUCCAUCUUCUCCACGCUUGUCCAGUCUAUCAUGCCCAAAUUCGUGGUCCAACGAUCUCUCUAUGAAGUUCGCGAGCGACCCUCCAAAGCCUAUUCAUGGGUAGCUUUUCUCAUUGCGAAUGUCAUUGUCGAGAUUCCAUAUCAGGUAUUUGCUGCGGUUAUCGCUUGGGCAUGCUACUACUUUCCCAUUUAUGGGGCGAAUCAAGCAGCCAACCGCCAAGGCUUGAUGCUUCUGUUCCUGGUCCAAUUUUACAUUUUCACCUCCACCUUUGCCGCGUUUAUCAUAGCGGCGUUGCCGGAUGCCGAGACGGGUGGUACUAUCGCGACACUGUUGUUCAUCAUGACACUUGUCUUCAACGGUGUCAUGCAAGCCCCGAGUGCCUUGCCCGGAUUCUGGAUCUUUAUGUACCGGGUCUCUCCACUGACGUAUUUGAUUGCCGGAAUAACUGCGAACGGGCUACACGGGCGGGCUAUCCAAUGUGCGGCGGCCGAGUUGAGCGUUUUCAAUCCCCCGAGUGGAAUGACUUGUGGUGACUACUUGAAUCCUUACGUUAGUGCGGCUGGAGGGCAGCUUUAUAAUCCUUCGGCCACGAGUGAUUGUCAGUACUGUCAGCUAUCUGUCUCUGAUCAGUACUUGGCUGCGAGUAACAUUUACUACAGUCAACGAUGGCGCAAUUUUGGCAUUGGGUGGGCUUACAUCGGGUUCAAUAUCUUUGGUACAGUGCUGAUGUACUACAUGUUCCGUGUCAAGCACUACAACCCCACGUCUCUGGUUCGUGGUAUUCGCCAGGGUGGCUCGCUUCUUUGUCGGGUUUUCAAGCGGCGGUCUGGAGAGACACCCAAAGGAAAAGAGGACAAAAAUGGGCGUUUGGUAUAA